GAACUCAAGCUUAUCUCGAUUACCUAUUCCGAAUGUCAUAGUUCAACAAUUUCUUUAUAUAUAUUGACAUUCAUAAAAUACAGCUUGCCUACAUACCGAGUCUCGGAAUUGUGUGAGAAUGGUAGCAGCAAGAGCAUUAGUGCUUCUAAGCACGAUUUCUACUUCUGUUCUUGCGGCUGAAGCUUCGAGGCCAAGAGGUGUCGGUCCUGAAUUUGCGAAAUUCUACAAAUCAUCAGACAAAUUCACAUGUCUCUCAAACCCCUCCAUUUCAAUCGAUAUCUCUAAAGUAAACGACGAUUACUGCGAUUGUCCUGAUGGGAGUGACGAGCCAGGCACAAGCGCCUGUACUUAUCUAUCCAGCCUCUCCCCUCCUCAACCAUUGCAAAGCACCACUGGUUCAAGUCCACACAACACAAGUUUAGCCUUGCCAGGAUAUUACUGCAAGAACAAAGGUCAUAUUCCAACUUAUGUUCCUUUUACGUAUGUAAAUGAUGGAGUCUGCGAUUAUGAGCUGUGCUGUGAUGGGAGUGAUGAGUGGGAGAAUGUUGGAGGAACAAAAUGUGUGGAUAAAUGUGCGGAGAUUGGAAAGGAGUGGAGGAGAUUGGAUGAUAUUAGGAUGAAGGCACAGGUUAAGGCCAACAAGAAGAGAGACGAAUUGGUCAAUCAAGCGCAGAGGUUGAGAGCAGAUGUGCAGAUGAGUAUUGGCAGGAAGGAAUUAGAGAUUAGUCAAUUGGAGAAGAAAGAAGAGGAGCUCAAACAAAAGUUUGAAGAGGUGGAGAGGAGGGAGAGAGGGAAGGUUGUUAAGACCUCGGAGGGGAAGACCAGCAAGGUUUCAAUUUUGGCAUUGAUGGCCAAAACUCGAGUUACGGAAUUGAGAGAUGCUUUGACAGGUGUUCAAGCGAAGAAAGUGGCUUUGCAGAAUAAAGUCAACGAGCUGGAGGGGAUUCUGGCAAGAUUUAAAGAGGAGCGUAACCCUAACUUCAACGACGAAGGUGUCAAGAGAGCAGUCAAAGCUUGGGAGGAUUAUGCUGCUACCAAGGAUGCUUCUGAAGCAGAAGAUACUGAAAGUCAAGACGCUGCUGUGGAUGAGACGGCUAAGCCUGAGAAUGACGGGAUUGAGUGGGAGACCUGGGAGAACGAUGAGGAGAGCGAUGUUGACGCUCUUUACAAAUUCGAAGAAUACCUCCCAGAAUCCAUCCGUGCCUGGGUUCACCAAAAGGUCACCGAUCUCCGUAUCAUCCUCAUUGAAAAUGGUGUUUUGGCUGAUAACGCCAAUUCUGGCUCCGAAUCUAAAUCUGUCCAAGAUGCGAGAAAUGCUUACCAAGCCGUCAGCGAUGAUGUUGGUGCUAAACAGAACACCCUCUCUGAUAUCAAAUCCGACCUUGAAAAAGACUAUGGUGUAGAUGAUAUUUUCCGCGCUCUUAAAGGCUCCUGUGUGUCCAAAGAUUCUGGUGAAUAUGACUAUGAACUCUGCUGGAUGGAAAAGACGUCACAAAAAUCUAAAAAAGGUGGCGGAAAUACUGGCAUGGGUAAUUUUGUCCGAUUUGAUAAAAUAGAAGUUGAUGAAGAAGUUGAUGCCGAGGGUAAGGGUCUUGGUAAGGGAAUCAGAACCACUUUGGUAUACGAGAAUGGGCAACAUUGUUGGAAUGGACCGAAUAGGGCUACGACCGUUGUGUUGGCUUGUGCUGAGAAAGAUGAGAUCUGGAAGGUUGUGGAGAUGGAGAAGUGUAAUUACCGGAUGGAUGUUGGGACUCCGGCGGUUUGUGAAAGAGUUGUUAAAGGAGACCCUAAGAAGGAUGUGAAGGAUGAAUUGUAGAUGGGAGGUUGGGUAUUGGUGAGGGAAUUUCAGGCGGAUAGGGAAGAGAGAUGUGAAGGCUGAGCGUAGCCUGAACAGUUGGCGGUAUUACGAUCGUAGCUUAAUAUAUCCUCGUGCUGUUUGUGAAGCAAGUGGAGUUUCUCAUUGUCUGCAAAUGUUUACUCCAAGUCUAACAAGCGCAUGUUUCAAGAAAAUUCGGGCACUAACUCAAUGGGAUCUGAAAUUCGUGGGAACCUUUCAAUACAAAUCUUUGUCUUUGAUUUGUAAGUGGAAGCGUGUGUGUCUCGAAGGCUAAGCGUGAAGAUCUCCUCGUCGAAGAAGGGCCAAACUUGCGGCUCUUCUUCGAAUACUUCGUCGAAUAAGCUUCAUCAAGCUGUAGCUGCAAUAUUCAAUUUGGAAGUUCA